AUGGAGUUCUGGAGGAGUGGUUUGCUGGGUCGUGUACUCGUGUGUGGACUCGUGGGAUGGGCCGUGCGUGAUGGAUGGGUGGUGUGUAGAGUUUUCAAAAAGAAGAGCUAUCACCAGAGAGGCCUCAAUCCGGCUGAAAUGGCCUCACCGGACGACGAUGAGCUCCAGCCUUUCCCUGUUCCUAUCCCCGGUAGCUCCCUGCCAACAGAGCACAAGAACAACCCUCACCUCAUGCAAUAUGACUUCCCUUCCUUCGACCCUUCCAUGCAGCUCCCACAGCUGAUGAGCGCCGACCAGCCCGUGCCAACACUCCUCCCCAGCCAUCCCGGUGUCGCUAAGGCCAUGAGCUCACUCGACGUCGAGUGCAACCUGACGAAGCUCACGUCCAACAACGACAGCGACGGGAUGCUCCACGUCCACGGUGCUGGUGCUGGAGGUGGUGUCGACCGCUUCGCAGACACGACAGACUGGUCGAUCCUAGACAAGCUCCUCGCCUCGCACCAGAACCUCGACCAGCUCUUCCACGGCAAGGUCACCGCGGCAUCUGCUGCCUCCCCAAUGGCGGCAUACCAUCAGCAGCUCAUGGAACUCGGUGGCUCGUCGUCGUUGCCGUCUUUAUAG